UUAGUCACAAAUUUUAUUGUGACUAAAAAUAAAAUUUUUUGUAGUGUCAUGAAAUCUUCACACUAUUUACUCUUAUUUUACUCUUAUAUCUUGUUAUUUUUGUGUUUCCCGAUGUUGUUUUGUUUUAAGAAAUUUUUACAUGAAAAAUCACUUUUGCACAUUUUAUUACCAAAAUACUCCUACACGCCUAUAUCAACAUUUUUACUUACAAUGUUGGUUUUAUUACACAAAUACCACUUAGUCAUCAUUCCAUGCACAUACAUGUGUGCUUUCCCCAUCCAUCAUCAAUCAAAUCCUACUCUCUUCCCUCUCUUUUUUCAUUUUCUUUUCAUUUCAUUUUCGAUUUUUCAUUUCUGUUUUCUAACUUCAUUUGAAUACAAGUAACCUCCCUUCAUCAGAUUAACCACCCACUAUUGAUCACGUUUUUCCCUCUUCUUUUUUGUUCAUCCACGAAUUUUCAACUUCCUCUUAGCCCACGAUUUAGCAACUGUUUUUCCCUCUCUGUUUCAGUUUUUUUCAAUCUUAUUUAUAAGAUGGCAAUCACUUGUUCAUCAUCAUCCCCUUCUCCAGUUCUCAAACAAAAAUCAAAAAUGGGCAAGAAAUCGUUGGCCAACAAAUCCAAGGGUAAACGCCCAAUCAUUGAAGAUUAUGAUUCUGAUUUUGAAGCUCCAAUGCCCAAGCGUGGGAGACCCCAUUCUUCGAAGAAAACGAAGCUGAACUUGGAGGAGCACACAGUUCCAGAAAUUUCUGGGAAAAAAACUCUUGCAUCUGCUGAAGAUCGAACUCAGGUUGGUUUUCAGUUUCAUUAUCGUUUCCCCCUUUUCCUUCAUUUAAACUUUUCCCAGAUUUUGGCGUUUUUAUGUUCAUUCUGCUUUGUGUAAUUUUAGGGUUUCAUUUGCACAUUUCGUUUCAUGUUUUUAAAUUUUUUAGUUAUUUAUUGUUGGUUUUGAACAUUUCAUUUGGUUCUUCUCUGGGUGUUGUUCUUUAAUUUGGUUUUGUUUUCUUUAUUUUCAGUGUUUUUUUGUGCUUACAGGUUAUGUGUUUUGUUUUCGUUUUUAGUGUUUUCAAUCAGUCGUUUGUAGUUUCUUAUAAGUUUUUUAAUAGUUUGAUAAUGGUAUGUUUUGAUGUGUUUUCGAUUUUCAUUAGGUUUAGUUGUUUGCUGUUAUAUUUUAGGUUUCAAAACGAUUUUCAAAUCUUUUCUCUACAUUUUUCUAUAGUUGUAUCUGUUUUGUAGUUUGUUUAUUGUUUUUAUAUAGUUUUAUUGUUGUUUUCAUACUGUAUUUUUGGAUUUCCUUUAGGGUUAGUUGUUUACUGUUUUUUUUAUGUUUCAAAACGAUUUCAGGUCUUUACUGUUUUUUUCUAUGUAGUUGUAUGUUAUUGAUAGUUUUUUUAUAGUUGUAUUACAGUUUUCAUACUGUUUUAUUCAGGAUUUAUAAUUUAUUGUGGCCAUUUUCGUUAUGUUGCAGGUUUGGGACUACAAAUUUAGUCCUUCUGAUUUUUAUAGAUCUAAGUGUGUAUGCACCAGUGUUUAUUCCGUGAUAGAUAAUAUUAAGAACACUUUAUCUGUUAAUUUGCUUUCUUUGUUUCGUCAAACUCAGUUUGGGCAUUUUCUGGAUAUGCCUGAGUUUGUUUUUCAUCCGCAAGUCGUACAUAGUCUAUUACUAAGGGAAGUUUUCCAGCCCAAUCCUAAAGAGUUUUGGGCUAAGGUUGCUGGCCGUUGCAUACGGUUUAGUGCCGAAGAAUUUUACUUGAUUUCUGGAUUAGAUUGUUUCGGUGAUUGCAACAAGUUGUUGUUUUCACAGGAAACAAAUCAAUUGGUAGAAACAUGUUUCCGUGGUGUAAAAACUAUUGACCACAAAGCCAUCGAGGAUACUUUUUUGGGUAGUCGGUGGGGUUUGGAUGAGUCUAUUGGUUUGAAAAUGGCUGUUUUGUAUUUCAUUCAGUGUUUUCUUCUUAGCAAUACUCCUGACAAAGAAGUGUCUAGGUUUGAUCUAGAUGUAGUCGAUAGCGGUCGGUGGGAUGAGUAUUGUUGGGGUAGGGAAUCAUUUGAAUUGACAAUUGACUCAUUCAAAGGUAGGAUCCAGCAUGGGAUCAUUAUGAAAAAUAGAAAGGCAGAGAAGGGAGGCCAAUAUGAUGGCUGGUAUAGGGCAUUGGGAUGUCCUUGGGUUUUCACGGUUUGGUUUUAUGAAUGCUGUCCUGCAAUGGUGAACUCUUUCUGUAAGAGAGUUUCAUCUUCUAUUCCAAGGAUUCUGAACUGGAGCAACACCAUCGUCACCAAAAAUCCAACUCUUCGAGACUUGAAGGGCAAGAUUUUUGAUUUACCUUUGGACAAGUUGAAGAUAAAAAACAUGCGUCCUACUGAUGAAGAGAGGCAGCAGCUUCAACUUGACGGUUUAUUUCUCGAUGAAUCUAUUGAUGACCGUGGUGUAGCGAAGCAAUCCUUUGAGGGUGGGUCAUCUUCAAAGAAGUCUGAUUCAGCAGAUAUUGAUUGGAUGAAAUCUAAGUUGGAGAUGGUCAUUUCGAAUCAAUCAUCAUUGGCCGAGGACUUCAUUUCUUUGAGGUGUUUUGUUGAUUUUAAUUUCAAGUCCGUAAUGACUGUAAUUAAGGAUAUCAGGGAGAAGGUUAAUGCCAUUCAUCGUCGUCCUUCUGAUGAGGUAUUUAUUCAUAUUUUAUUGUUUACGUUUUUUCAUAUUUUUUUUUAAAGUUUCUUUACUGUUUUAUUUAAGUUUCAUUUAUGUUGGUUGAUACAGGGAAAGUCAUCGGAUGAAUUAGUAACUCAAGAUUCUGAUGAUGAUGCUGAUGAUGAUGAUGAUGAUGAUGAUGCCGAGGAUGAUGAGAAGUAAUUGCCUGAUCCAGAAAAUAUUGAUUCCGACUCCGACGAUGGUGGUGAGUUGGUUAAAGUUGGUGGGGAUGCUGAUGAUGCUGACAAGGUUGUUACUGCUGUUCCUGUUGCUGAUGUGAAUCCAUCUGAGGCUGUUGGAGGGAGUGAUAAAAAUGUUAAGGAUGUUGAGAAGCCGAAGGGCGAUGAGUCUCGAUUGAAGGGGGACGAUUUCUUUGAUGGGUUGAGCCAGCUUGAAAUAGAUGAUGAUCAAGUUGUGUUGGCUGGCUUGGAGGCUGUUGGUAAAAUCCAUGUAAGUUUAUUUUUAAUUGUUUUCAAGAAAAAUAGGUUUUUUUUUUGUUGCUCAAUAGUUUUUAGUCUGUUUUGCAACUGUUUUAAUACAUUCUUUCUUUUUUAGGUCCCCGCACCCAAUCCAUAUGUUGGUUGUCAAAAGUCAGAUGCGCUUCAUACUGAUGAAGAAACUGAGGACACUAUCUCUGAUACACCUCUGUUGGAUAAGAGGAAGCGUGCUCCGGCCUUGAAAUCUCCAUUUGUUGAUUUCGGGUCUGCUGAUGUCGGGAGCACUCCAAUGGAGCUUAUGUCCUCCGGUUCUCAAUCAGCUGGGGAUGAUAGGGAUUUCAAAAUGGUGACUUAUGUGAAGGGUCUUUAUGCUCUUAGUGAUGCGUUUGCUGAUCCCGUAUCUACCGAGAUUGAGGCAAAAUUUGACGAUUGGAUUGGUGAAGAAUUGCUUAAACAUCCUAGGUGACUGUUUUUAUUAAAUCUGUUUUUGUAUUAUGUUUUAUUUUUCAGUUUUAUUCCUGUUUUAAUGCUAUUUUGUUGCUGUUUUUUUGUUGUUGUAGGCAUUAUAAUUGUUAUGAAGAUGGCGCAAAGAAAUUUACCCCGGGUUUUAGGCUAGGUGUUGAUUAUGUUGAGGAUAAAACUUGGUUUUAUCAUUUGGCUACAUGCGACAUGUUUAUGAACGACUCGGUAAAGUUUCCAAUUUAUAUUGUAGUUAUGACAGUUUGUUUUCAGUUGCUUUAUAAAUGUUUUUAAGUUUUGAUACUGCAUUUCAGUUUUUUUACAGUUGUUCAACCUUUUCAUUUGUGUUUCUGUGUUGUUUUUUUUCUCAGCAUAUGAACACCAUAUUCUAUUACCUUCGGAAAAAAGGUAAAUAUUCUUCCGCUGUGACGUUGAAUUUCGCAACUACUGAUUGUCUCUUUGAUGAUUCCAUCCAAGCAUUGUACCACAAAUAUAACAAGGCCAAGUCAAUGAAGACUAAGAUGUCACACAUUCACGCUGCCCACCCAAUAGCGCAUUACAUCCGAGGUAUGCGCAUUCCCUGUUCCAAGCCUUGGUAUGAAGCCGAUCAUGUGCUAUUCAUCAUCAAUUUAAGAAGGGAAAGUCAUUGGGUUUUUGGGCGUCUUGACUUGAACGAAGGGACGUUGUUUCUGUACAAUUCUUUGAGGACCGCGAAGAUGAAUGCCGCAGCUAGGAAUGCGAUGAAGGCUUAUUCCGUGUUGCUGCCUUUGUUUUUCGAUUUACUUGGGUUCUGGAAGAAUAGGGCACAAGCUCCUGCCUCAGUUUCUGACCCUACAGCUCCCUUCAGAAUCGUGGAGCUUAGUGGACUUCCGUCUCAGCAGAAGAAGUGAGUGUUUCGUUUAAGUUUCUUUUAUGUUGUUUUUUAGUUUCUAAACUGUUUACUUUUUCUUCUGUUUUUAAUAGUGAUUGCGGGGCAUAUGUUGCUGCCUUUGCUGAAUUCUUUAUCCACGGAAAGGAUGUCCCUGCAGACUUUGACAUCGAAGUUUAUCGUACCCGACUUGCUUCACUUUUCUUCUCGUACGGCCAAAGGAAAAUUGACGAAAGCAUUGACAGUGAGGAUGAGAAGCAAAGCAAGUCUUCUAAGGCAUCUAAAUUGAAGAAAUAGAAUCUUUUAAUUUGGUGGCUUUUUUUUGUUAUUUGUUGAAUCUAUUACCAGACAAUUUUUAGUGUUGUUGGUUGAAUGUAGGUAUUAUAUUUGAUUUUAUACUAUGUACCUAGUUUAAAACUUUUAGGAUAUUUGACAUUUACUCCUUAUAAUAUCUUUAUUGUAUAGGUUUGUAUUUCCCAAAGUUGUUUGUUUUUUUUAAUUGUUCAAGUUCUUAUAUACGGUCGCACAACUAUGGAGAAACUAUUAACCAACUGAAUACAAACAAUGUUUUUAUUUUUUC